ACCCCCACGCGUGUCGACACGUCAGAGGGAACAGGAUAGAAAACAGUAGCUGGAGCCUGGAGCAGGAAAACAAGCUACGGAGAGCUCGCUCGCUAGCCGCGCCGCAUCGCUUUCCCUUCCCUCUCCCCUUCCCCCGCAUUAACUCUCCCCCGGUCCCGGAGCUCACUUCCACACAGCUACCUCUCACUGCCCAGAUGGUAGGCGGCGGCAGCGGAGGUCAGGCCGCAAUGGCGCCGGCGCACGGUGGCGGGAAGCGCGGGAGGGGCCCCGAGGACGACGUCUACGUCGACAACCUCCACUCCCACAAGCGCUACCUCACCGAGACAAUGGCAUCCAGCAUGAAUGGGUUGUCUGUUGGAGAUUCAGUUGCUGAAGAUAUCAUUGUUUCCCCAGUGAGGCUGGAGAGCGCUUCUUGCUUCAGGGAUGAAAUGAGCACGCAGUACUCACCUAUGUCAGAAGAGUCAGAUGAUUACCGGUACUAUGACACUCAGGUAAACACCAAUGGGAAUCAAACUGAUACAAUAAGCAGCCCCUCAACCAGUCCAAUUUCAUCUCAUCGAUUUCAGAGGCCAUAUACUUGGUUUUCCUCUGAAAAUCCGUACCCUCUCCCAAGCUGCUCCCUUGUAGCAGUGAUCUGCUCACAAGCUCGUCGUGGCAGUGGCAGUGAACAUGAAGGCCGGAACCCGUGUUCACCUAAUGACAUGUGCCAUGGUGGAGACCUGAGGCGAACUGCGCUUCUGAGAUCAGUGCAAAGGCGGGUGCAAAGCCCCCAUCCUUGUGAUCUGUUGUCAAGCAGUGGACAUGGACAAGACCAAGAGCGUAGUCAUGUGCAUGCUGAUGAGCUUGACCAUGAUCAGAGACAAGCUGUGGGUGUUCACUUGGAUCAAAGGUCUUUCUCAUGUCCAAAGUCAAUCCAGGAUGCUGAACCCUCCAAACUGCGGCCAGCAGCGUCAGAUCAUGAAGUGGAUUUUGUUGAGGAUCAGAUUACGGUGUGAUCACUCCCAAGAUAUAGUUUGUGGAAUGCAAUGUGAUGUGGAUCAUAUCACUGAUUAAUAUCAUUUCUUAUAAGGGCAAGAAUUUAAACGACUGCUUCACUGCGGCACUGUCAAUGUUCAGAUAUAGUUUGUGGUGGCAUCAUAUGUUUUUUUCUUUUUAUCCGGUCUUUGAUUGCUUAUAGAGAAAGAAAGCGAUCGUAUGGUUUGUAGGUAUUAUAUUAAAUUAUUUUCAUGAUUGCAAGGAUAGUCUGCAGACAAGGGUGCAAACUUGCUGCAAA